UCUAUUAGCUCUUGCAUUUAGAUACUGAAUCAUCUUCAAUUCUCUCGACAUUAUAUUCAAUGUGUGUUGAGAAAAGAAAAAUUUACAUUCCCUUUCUUUUUAAAUAGUUUAUUGUUUUGUGUGUGAGUAUAUAUAUAAAGCAAGUUUUUAUUUCAUUCUGUAAUGUGCACAUGUUGCCAGUGAUUGUAAUUUAAAGAUAUUAUGUAUAAACGGAGUGUGCCUCUCAUUCACAUAAGCUUCUGCUUUGUUUUUGUGGUAUAUACACUUGCUGAAAAAGAGUGUGAUAAAAUCAAAUGUCCUGGACCAUUGAGUUUUUACAAGGACUUGAGAUGUGUGCCAAUUCACAAAAAUCCUGAGGAUUGUUGCGCAAUUAAAUAUGAUUGCUCACAUCUCAAGGAUAGAUCCACAUCGAAAUGUUACGUAAAUGACAAUAUUUAUCAAAUUGGAGAAGAAUUGAAAAAAGAGGAUGCUCAACCUUGCGAUACUGAUUGUAUAUGUGAAGAAGGAUAUGGAGGAAUAGCUUCAUUUUCAUGCGCAGAAGUCGAUUGUGGCUACCAUGAACCUGUUAACGAUGGAUGUUACAUUGAUCAAUCGUCAGAUCAGUGCUGUCCAGAUCGAAUUAUUUGUCCCGAUAAUCCAGCAACAUGUCUGGUUGAUGGAAAAAUUCUAAAGGAAGGUGAUUAUUUCGAAAUCAAAGACCAGCCGAAUACAUCCUGUUACUGUAAACCAGGAUACACGGGAGAAAAUGUCGAGCCAUUCUGUCACACUCCGAAGGGUAGUUUUUGUGGAACCGAAAUGAGAAACAGUUAUGAAAUCCGUGAAAAAUGUGCUCCUGUUUAUUAUUAUACACAAUCACCUCAAACAUCGUGUAGUGUUUCUUACAGAUGUCAAAACAAGAACGACACUCUAAUUUCGCAUCCUGAAACACGAAAUGGUUUAGAUAGUGACAAAAUCAAUACUUGCAAAUUUGGAAAUAUUGUCAUGCAGAUCGGUGAUGAACUUAAUCAAGCAACGGAUUAUAGUUCCGUUUGUGUAAAAUGCAAAUGUGAAGUUCCACCAAUUCCUACUUGUCAACGACUUUCUGAUGAUGAAUGUGAUGUCACUAUUCAUCCAAAGUUUGAGUCCAAUUAUUGAAAAUUAUUACAUAUUAAUGUAAUUUUAGAUAAUAGUGAAAUUAAGUGUGAAGAGAAUUUUCCACAUAUUUACACGUAGCUUUUUUUUUAAUUUGAACAGUAUUAUAAUUAUAUUUUUCUGUUAAUCGUAAAUCAGAAACCUGCAGAAAGCAAUAACAAAAAAAUGUUUUGAUAAAAAUUGUUUUUAUGAAAAAAGUCUUUGUUUAUAUGUAUAAUUAACGAUAAAAAUAAAUUUUUAAAAAUUCUUCACUUCUAAUUUUUGUAAAAUUGUUAUUGAAAUGCUUUUGCAGGUGUACGUGUGUUAUCGUUAUCAAAAUAUAUAUGAUGAUAUACAAAUAAAAAACUUGUUGAUUUAUUUAAAAGAAAAACAAUAAAACGUUUGCUUUUAUAAGGGAACCUCCAUGAAUUCCCCUUUGGAAUCGAACACAUGUUUAGGGCCAAAGCACAGAAGAAUCGCGAACGAGAUAUAUGCGUUAGAAAAGGACAGCUACAUAUUUGUGUGAAAUUCCAUGGCCGUUUCCGAAUUGGAAUUUUUAGCGCAUAUGCAUUUAAAAAUUUAUUUAUGCAUUUUUCGGACGGAAAAACAAGGACACUGCAUACUUCCCGAGUAUAUACUUUAUCAAAAAAGCGCUAAAAAUCCCAAUUCGUAAACGGCCCAUGUGUGGGUUUUUCUAGUAGAGGGAAGCCCAAAAAAUAUCGCGUCAUUAAAUUCUCAACUCCUAUUGGGAUCUGUUAUGAAAACAACUGUGUUGUUACCCAUAAGCGUAGCUUGGAAUAGUCGUUUCGUCCGGUCCC